GAGGAGCGAAAUCGCAACGGACAGGACAAGAAACAAUGGCGACAGCGGCAACUGCAGCGGGUGGAACGGGUUCAGGGGGACCUGCAGCCGGCCCUGUGGGCGUUGGUACUACGGUGGGCCGUAAGAAAGAUGGAGGUCCUUCGUCGAAAUACUGGGAAAGCGCAGAAACGGUCUCUCAGAUCGAUUCGGUGCGCCAAUGGAUCGGGAAACACUACAAAAAGUAUGUACAGGCAGACUCUCCCUCCAAUAAGUCCCUGGCAGGGCUGGUGGUGCAGCUGCUUCAGUUCCAGGAAGAUGCUUUCGGGCGGAGGGUGAACAACCCUGCCCUCACCAAGUUGCCUACCAAGAGCUUCCUGGACUUCAAGGCAGGGGGUGCUCUGUGUCAUAUCCUGGGCUCCACCUACAAGUUCAAGAGCGAGCAGGGCUGGCGUAGGUUUGACCUGCAGAACCCCUCCAGGAUGGACAGGAAUGUGGAGAUGUUCUUGAAUGUAGAGAAGACCCUGGUUCAGAAUAACUGCCUGACUCGACCAACUGUGUUCCUGGUGCCUGACAUGGAGCAGAAGCAGGCCAAUAAGCUGAAGGACAUCAUCAAAAGACACCAGGGCUCUAUCACUGAGGACAAGUCUAAGGCCACCCAUCAUAUCUACCCCUCUCUAACCCAGCAGGAGGAUGAGGAGUGGCUGCGUCCGGUCAUGCGUAAGGACAAGCAGGUGCUGGUGCACUGGGGCAUGUACCCAGACAGUUAUGACACCUGGGUGUCCACCAGUGACGUGGAGGGGGAUGUGGAGGACCCACCCACCUCUGAGAAGCCCUGGAAGGUGCAUGCCAAGUGGGUCCUGGACACCGAUGCCUUCAACGAGUGGAUGAAUGAGGAAGACUAUGAGGUGGACGAGAACAAGAAGACUGUGAGCUUCCGCCAGAGGAUCUUCCCAAAGGAGGAGGAGUCUUCCCGUACACCCGAUCGCAAGGAGCGCAAGGCCAACGCCGCCGGGAAGAAGAGGAGGCGCUCGCCAUCUCCCCCGACCACCCCAGCCGAGUCCCGCAAGAAGGGUGGCAAGAAGGGGAACCCUGGGUCUCACUGGAAGCGUCGUGGCCACCGUGGAGAGGACGAGGAUGAGGAAGAGGACCUGACCAAGGACAUGGAGGACCCCUCGCCUGUUCCCAGCAUGGAGGAGGUCACUUUGCCUAAGAACGUGAACUCUAAGAAAGACAGCGAGAACACCCCAGUGAAGGGAGGGGCAGUGGCAGAUUUGGAUGAUCUGGAGGAUGACUCUGUGGUCUCUGGAGGCAAGGAGGAGGAGGAGCAGGGCAAGGCCGAGGUCAACCGCCUCAUCGACUCCAGCGAGGACAAUGUGACCGAGCAGACCCACCACAUCAUCAUCCCCAGCUACGCCGCCUGGUUCGACUACAACUGUAUCCACGAGAUUGAGAGGCGUGCACUGCCAGAGUUCUUCAACGGCAAGAACAAGUCCAAGUCCCCAGAAAUAUACCUGGCCUACCGUAACUUCAUGAUCGACACGUACCGGCUCAACCCCCAGGAGUACCUGACCUCCACCUCCUGCCGCAGGAACCUGACGGGAGACGUGUGUGCCGUCAUGAGGGUCCAUGCGUUCCUGGAGCAGUGGGGGCUGGUGAACUACCAGGUGGAUGCUGAGAGCCGCCCCCUCCCCAUGGGCCCCCCGCCCACCCCCCACUUCAACGUGCUGGCUGACACCCCCUCUGGCCUGACGCCGGUGCACCACCGCCCCCCACAGAUCCCCUCCGGCCAGCAGAUGAUCAACUUCCCAGAGAAGGGCAAAGACAAGCCCUCUGACAUGCAGAACUUUGGCCUGCGUAACGACCUCUACUCCAAGAAGAACCCCAAGAGUAAAGGAACCAGCGGCGGCCGGGAGUGGACCGAGCAGGAGACUCUGCUCCUAUUGGAGGCUCUGGAGAUGUACAAGGACGACUGGAACAAGGUGUCGGAGCAUGUGGGCUCGCGCACCCAGGACGAGUGUAUCCUGCACUUCCUGCGUCUGCCCAUCGAGGACCCCUACCUGGAGAACUCUGAGUCGUCCCUGGGCCCCCUGGCCUAUCAGCCCGUACCCUUCAGCCAGUCAGGCAACCCUGUCAUGAGCACCGUGGCCUUCCUGGCCUCCGUGGUAGACCCCCGUGUGGCCGCCGCCGCCGCCAAGGCAGCCCUGGAGGAGUUUAGCCGUGUGCGUGAGGAGGUGCCAGCAGAGCUGGUGGAGGCCCAUGUGAAGAAGGUGCAGGAGGCGGCCCGCAGCACGGGCAAGGUAGACCCCGCCUAUGGCCUGGAGAGCAGCGGCAUCGCAGGAACCGCCCCCGAGGAGCCCGAGAAGACCGAGCCAGCAGAAACAGAGAAGAUGGACACAGACUCCGACUCGCAGCAGCCUGACAAGGCUGAGUCUAAGGACGAGGCAGAGAAGCCCAGUGAGUCUGCUGAGAAGCUGGCUGAGGGAGAAAAGGUGAAGAGCGAGAUGGCCGAGCCGUCGGAGCGGGAGGAGGGGGAGAGCGAGGGAGGAGAGGGCAAGGCUACAGCAGACAAAGACAAGGAGGAGGCUAUGGAGACCUCGGAGGAGGACAAGGAGGAGCAGGGAACAAUGGAAGAGGAGAAAGAAGAGAGGAAGAAGCUAGAGCCGGACGGAGGGGAGGGUAACAUUGCCACUGCUGCUGCUGCUGCCCUCGCCUCAGCUGCCACCAAGGCCAAGCACCUGGCGGCGGUGGAGGAGAGGAAGAUCAAAUCUCUGGUGGCUCUGCUGGUGGAGACUCAGAUGAAGAAGCUGGAGAUCAAGCUCAGACACUUUGAGGAGCUGGAAACCAUCAUGGACCGAGAGAAAGAGGCUUUAGAGUUGCAGAGGCAGCAGCUGCUGACAGAGCGCCAGGCCUUCCACAUGGAGCAGCUGAAGUAUGCUGAGAUGAAGGCCCGCCAGCAGAUGGAGCAGCAGCAGGCCAGUGCAGUGGCCCAGGGCCCCGCACCCCACCAUGGCCCCCCAGGGCCAGGCAUGCAUCACGGACCCCCCCACCACGGACCCCCUCCCGCCAUGCACUCUGGACACGGCCCCCCCGGCCCCGGGUUCCACCCCAUGGGUCCCCACCACUCGCAACAGACAGGACCAAUGGGAGGGCCCGGUCAGCCCAUGCCAGGGCGCAUGAUGCCUGGUGGCCCCCCCACUGGCAGCAUGCCUCCCAUGAUGGGUCCCCGCCACCCUGGAGCCCCCAACGGCAUGUACCCUGGCCCCUCGCCUCUACAGCCUGAUGGUAUGCCCCCAGCGUCUGUGGGACCUCAAGCGGCAGCCCCAGCACGAGUUGCUGACAACUAAGAUACCUGCCCCCAAAUAAACACACACCAACACACACACACACACCUCUUGUAAAACCUCAGCUCAUUGAUGGCCUUGCUACUGUCUGGGUGUUUUCUCAACUCCAAAAACUCUUCCUGGCUUACACACAGACACACACACACCUCCCUCUCAGGGCACAGCGUCAAGGGGGUUGUGACUCUGGCCCUCCUAGUAAGAACACUGUUUUCUCCUCAGUCAGUCUGGUGUGGGGCAGAUCAGAUGGGCUCCUCCCAGUCAUUUAAAAUAAUAUAUUGUGUUUGUUCUCUAUUUAAAAGAAUAUGAAGCUAAUAUUUUGGGAGAAAAUCGGAGAACUCCCACUUUUCCCUCUUUCCUCUCACCUUUUAGAAUGACACGAGUCUCUUCCUUUCCUUCAGCGCAACACCAACUCCCCCUCUCUUCCUCCCCCUCUUCCUCGCGUCCUCCUCCCCCUCCCUCGCGUCCCCCGCCCCCCUCGCACCCUCCUCCCCCUCCUUCGUCCCCUCCCCCUCCUUCAUGUCUUCCCCCCCCCAACACAACACCAAGGGAGCUAGUUGAUCAUUUAGGGAUGUGUGUACUGUAAUGAAUGGGAUCAUGAGGGUUUCCUUCGACACACACAGAGGGGACCAGUAACCCUUCCCUCACACACACUCUUCUCACUGAGAAUCUACCUCUCCACUUUGCUCUUCUGAAGCUUAAACACUGUAGUCCGAAGUGUGUGUUCAGUUGUUUGUUGUUGGAGUGUCAGAAGAGCAGAAUGUGUGUACAGCAGAGACGGGUGUUUGAUGACUGUCUGCUGAGCUGCUCUGCCCCCCCCCCUCAUCACCCAUAACCCCCACUAGCCAGGCGUAGAACUGUACUACUCACACACUUCGCCCAACCCUGCUCUAGUACCCUGGGGGCUGUUCACACACAGGCCAAUUAUCCCACUGACCUUCAUCCAUCCUUUUGGUGAGCUAGGUAUGGUGAUAUAGUUGUAGUUAAAAACCAUGUGCUCUUCCUCAGUGGUGGAGUGGGCUACUAGCUGUUCUGGUGCUGAUAAUGUAGCUGCUACUGCUACCUCUCUUCAUCCAUCCAUUAAUUUCAACACCCCUCUACACCUUUCUGCUACCUCUGCCUCCUCCCCUUCUUUGUCUGUCUGCUACCUCUGUAGAACUGCUCUUGCUCUCUGCUAGCUACCUCUGCUCUACGCACCCCUCUGCUACCUCUAGUACCCCUCUCUCAUUUGCUGCCCAAGUGACUGCUGCGUUACUGUUACCCCCCCUCAGGUAGAAUAUCACACACGCAUACACACAGCAUCUCUCUCACGCUCUCACACACUUCCUCAUUCAAGGUCUUUCCAGUCUGUUAUAUCACAAAUGAUGAGAACCCCCUUACAUCUUGCAUCUUUUUUUCAGUUUUCUGUUCAUGUAUUUUUAAGAAUUAACUUUGUGUAGAUUGAGUUAUCUUUGUUCUUGGAAGUUUGUAGCAUUUUUUGUUUGUUUAUUCAGGUCUGUUGGUACUUGGACCUGGACAAUGUCUAAUAAAUUGUUUUUGUAUGAA